AGGACUCCCUCUUGUUGUUGUUGUUGCUGCUGCUGCUGCUGCCCUGCCCGUUGCCAUCACCGGCGAAGGAGGAGUCUCUUGCAUCCCACUUCCCUUCCGCCCGGCAUCAAUUUGCACAUGGCGUUGGCUCCAGCUGGCAUCCCGUCCCAAAGAGCUGCUGGAUUGGGAAGCCUCUGCCUGGACCGGGAUGGGCUCCCUCUCUGCCGGGCCACUUCUCUGCUGCCGGAGCCCAUGCCAAGGUGCCCCUUGGCACCUCUGAAGAAAGGGAGGCCUACGGCGGUGGCACUGGCAGAGUGAAGGCCAGGAAAACAACCCUGGACCGGCUGGGAAUUCCAUCCCGGUGAGUCAGGGGAGAGGGAGGGAGAAGCAGCAAAGGCAGGAAGAGAAGGAGGAGGAGCCCGGGCCCUGCCUGCCCUGGGCAUCAUCUCCAUCCUUCGGGGCUCCAGGCUCUGCCCCAGGACGUUGCCAGGCUGCCCUCCCCCAUGUGCCUGCCCUCCGGGAGGAGAGAUGCCACCAGGAUGAGCGCGGGACCACCACCGCCUCCCUGGAAGCCGGGCCCGGGCCAGGAUGGGAAGGCCAAGGCCUUGGCGCCCGCCUUGCCCCUGGUGCCCACUGUCCUGGUCUGGCUGGCCACCGGCACCACCAUGGCCAGCCUCAACAAGUGGAUCUUUGCCGUCCACAACUUCCGCUUCCCGGUGCUGCUCUCCUCGCUGCACAUGCUGACGGCCGUGCUGGUGGGCAAGCUGCGGGCGAGCGGGCCCCGGCCUCUGCUGGGCCCCGGUGCCCAGGCCCGCGUCCUGCUCCUCAGCGUCACCUUCUGUGCCAGCGUGGCCUUUGGCAACCUGGGCCUCAACUACGUGCAGCUGGACUUUGCCCAGAUGGUCUACACCACCACGCCGCUCUUCACCCUGGCGCUGUCCGAGGCCCUGCUCCGCAAGCGCCACCACCCGCUCCAGUACGCCGCCAUGGGGCCCAUCUGCCUGGGCGCCGCCCUCAGCAUCGUGGGGCAGGUCCACUUUGACCAGGCCGGCUGCUGCUGCCUCGUGGCCGCCACCUUCCUCCGCGGGCUCAAGUCCAUCCAGCAAAGCACCCUGCUGCAGGAGGAGCGCCUGGACUCGCUGAGCCUGCUCUGCCUGACCUCGCUGCCCAGCUUCUACAUCCUCUUUGGGGCGGCCCUGCUGCUGGAGGUGGGCCCGGCCUGGGAGGGCGCCUCGGGCUCCUCCUACGGGGCCGGCCUGUGGGCCUGCCUGCUGGCCAGCUGCCUGGGCUCGGUGCUCUACAACCUGGCCAGCUUUGCCGUCCUCUCCCUCACCUCGGCCCUCACCAUCCACGUGCUGGGCAACUUCAACGUGGUGGGCAACCUGCUCCUCUCCCGCCUGCUCUUUGGCAGCCGCCUGACGCCGCUGGGCUACGCGGGCAUCGGGCUCACCCUCUCGGGGGUCUUCAUGUACCACCACUGCCAGGGCAUCGCCGACUGCUGGCGGGCCCAAACCCGGCGGGAGACCAAAGAGGAAUGAGCCGGAGAGGCACCGCGGUCUCGCUGCGCCAACUGGACUUUGGCGUUCCUGGAGCAAAGGACUGGGCGAGGUCGCCUUCCCAAACCAGUGCUUUCCAGCGUCCCACCCCAGGUGCUGCUUCUCACCUGGGCACAUUGAUUUUAAAAAUAGCCACCCAUUGAAAUCCUCCCUUGACCCAUUGUGCCCAUUUCCUAGACAGAGGGAGGCUUCCCCAGGCAUUGGGGCCAUCGUAGUAUUUUCUUAAACUGGUCUUGUACGUCCUGAAUGGUUUCUCCAAUUGCUGCCAGAGGUGCCAACUCUUGCGUCCCCUCCGAGGGCAUCUCGUAGAGCUGAGGCUCGCCAACGGACGUGGCACAGUGUCCCCUUUUGUCUUUUCUUGGGCUUCCCAUGCUUUGCAAAACCAGUGGCAUUGAGCAGCUCCAAAGAUGGAGGUGGGGUGACAUUGCCCAUCCAUGUCUGUGGAGAAGAGUCUAUUGGCAAUUGUACAGCAAGGUCUCCUUAUCCACGGGGGCACUGAAGUCUGUGCCCGUCAUACUUCUGGAACUCGGUUGCCCACAGAAAGUACUGCAAGCGCCAAGAGGACCGUGACAUAUAUCCAAACUGAAACCGAACCUUGCCCGGGGGUUCUUCCUGGAUGUAUUAUUCUCUCUUGGAUUGCAAGUGUGUGUGUGAGAGAGAGAGAGAAUGAAAGAUGGAGGGCGCACGAUUGGCACCUGGAUCAUGGAAUCGCUCCUGAGGAUGUUCUCCACUCUGCUGGACAGAGUGCGCUGGUGGGACGGGCACGGUUUUCCUCUCCUGCGCCAAAUCCGUGCCGUGCCCACUUUGGGUUGCCCGUUGGAUGGAGUCCUUCGUUCAGUGGGGCACGGAGGGGUCAACGUGGCCAGUAUUGUGUCUGAAUGUCUGCUGGGUGUGUGUGUGUUGGGAACUGAUCCAUAAGGACCGAUCCAUAUGGCUGUUUUCCUCGCUCAUGGUUGUCCUUUUGGGCCCUCCCUCCAGGUGUUUUGGACUCCAACUCCCACCAUUCCUAACCAUCUCAGGCUCCUUCCUUUUCCUCCUCAGCCACUUAAGCUAAGGGGGAAAAGGAAGGCCAGGUGUGUGAGGCAUGAUCUCAUGGUUUCUUGGUCAGGCUUGGGUCAGGGCAGGCUAUUAUAUUUGUACUUUGGACUCCAAGUCCCACCAUUCCUAACAGCCUCAGGACCCUGAGGCUGUUAGGAAUGGUGGGACUUGGAGUCCAAAACACCCGGAGAGAGUUGUCCCAUACACCGGGCACAAGUGUUGUCCUUUUGGCUAGUGUCUCAAGUCCGAUUUGAUGCCCACCUUCGGUGCCCGCCGCCCCACCUUGGUCACAAACAGAGCACAAAACGAAACCGGGCCACCCGCUCCGACGACGGCGCCUGCCCUGGCAAUAAAGCUCUAUUUUGGUCUUCCUGG